AUGUGUUUGAGUAAAAACAAAUUGAUAGCCGAAGAUUUGGCGUAUGACAAUGAAUCGUUCAAGACAGAACAUGAAACAUUGGUAACACAAUUUAUUGACGAACAAAAGAAUGCUUACGACUCUGUUAUGAAUGAUAUUAAUUCUAAUGGAGGUGGAUUCUUAUUUGUGUAUAGUUACGGAGGAACAAGCAAGACGUUCGUGUGGAGAACGUUAUCGUCAAAGAUAAGGAGCCACGAUGAUAUUAUUCUGAAUGAUGCUUCUAGUGGAAUAACAUCUUUGCUCUUGUCGGGAGGUAGGAUGACGCAUUCCAGAUUUGCUAUACCACUCUCUUUGAACGAAGAUUCCACGUGCAAUAUAUCGCAAGGCAGUGACCUUGUUGAGCUUAUAAUAAGGAGCAAAUUGAUAAUAUAG